AUGGGGCUCUUUGACGAUUCAGAUACGCCUGUGUGCCCUAUGCCUUCUCAUCUCGUUGCUGACGCACCGGAACCUUUCAUUGGCAACCUGUCAUUUCGCCAGUUCAACAUGUGUCUUUCUGGAGCAUGUGCCGCUAUAUCAUGCGUCUCGAUAUUCAUUCUCAUGGCAAGGCAUGCUACCCACUUCAGCAAGCCCAACGAGCAAACAAAAAUUCUCAAGAUCUGCGCGUUGAUCCCCAUUGAGGCUUUCCUCAAUUUCAUUAGCAUUGUCGAGCCCAACGCAUACGUAUAUCUCGACCCAUGGAUUGAUGUUUUUCAGGCCUGGGCGCUUGGAAGCUUCUUCCUUCUUAUGUGUGAAUUUGUUUCGCCCAGUGCUCAGUUUCGCGACGUCUUUUUCGCUGCUUUCAAAGUACCCCAGCGUCGAAGAAACCGAGGCUCGGGCCUAGGAGGGUUAGAAUGGUACAGAAAACAAUGGUUUGCCGUCUUUCAGUAUUUAUUGAUAGCAAUUGGCGUUGCCAUCGCCACGGAUAUCACACAAGCCGCCAACAUAUAUUGUUUAGAGAGCAACAAUAUUCACUUUGCUCAAAUAUGGCUGUCCAUAAUCUCAAACAUCUCCGUUGCCAUUGCUCUUACAGCAGUGCUCAGAUUUUAUGGGGCACUAAAAAAGGACCUCAAGCACCACAAGCCUCUCGCCAAGCUCGUGGCUUUCAAGCUCAUCAUCUUCUUGAGUUUUGUUCAAUCGAUCAUCUUCCAGAUCCUACGCUCUCAGUCGGUCUUGAAAGAAACCUCUACCCUCACGUACGCCGACGUCAAUAUUGGUAUUCAGACUAUGAUCAUCUGCAUCGAAAUGGUUCCCAUUUCGCUAUACUUCCAUUAUGCUUAUGAUGUCAAAGCCUAUGAUAUCACUCAAGCACGCCCUCUCCCAGUCUCUGACAUUGCUGGCCCUGGCUUUGCCCAAGCAGACCUAGAGGCGAACCCGCAGCUGAGGCCUACGAUGAUCAAUGACCAAGUAGGCCAAGCUCCGACGGAACACACCAAGCAGCUAUAUGCGAAACACGCGAACGCAAGAUAUUAUGGCGGCUUCCUCGGCCUCAGAGCAUGGGCGUCGGUCCCGGAUCCGAGAGAGAUCAUUCGCGCUAUCCGAUUUGCUUUCGUCAUGCGCUCAGAAGCUAUCAAGAUGAAGAUGAUGAGCAGCAACAUCCAAAGUAAUGAUGGGUUCGCCAUGCCUCCUCCGCCUCCGCCUCCUUCCUACAAUUAUCACUCCCGUGGGUGGAACCAAAAUCCAGGCCGUCAUGUAUGA